AUGUCAGAAACAGAGCAGGAUAAAAGGUUAGGAGCUCAUAAAGAAAAAAGAAAAGGCAUGCCUAAGAAAAAAGCUCCUUCUGUGGACGCUUGGUCCACAGAAGUGAAAGAGAAGGGAAAGGACACCCUGGGAGAGAAACAUGAGGGGGGAGAAAAGGCCCUGAAAAAGAAGUCUCUUUAUCUGAUAAAAGAACUGGAGGCUUUAGGAAUUGAUAGCUCUGAAUCGGAGGAACUAAGCUCCUCUGAGGAGGAAGAUUUAGAUGAGGAAGUGGCUCGCUACGAGGAAGAGAGAUACUAUCCUGAUGAGCGGCCGCUACCAAAAGCAAAAGAAGACGGGGAUAGGAACCGUGCGGCUUCUCAGCCUGCCACCCCUGUCAUCCCCAGUGCUCCUCCGCCUUAUGCAGACAAGUACUGUUCAGAUUCCUUCCUUUCAAAGGGAGACAGAAGAAAGUUCUUACAAGCCUUCCCGGUGUUUGAGGCUGCGGAUGGAGGCCGUGUCCAUGCACUGGUAGAAUAUCCCUUUAUUAAGGAACUUGCUGAAUCAGUUAAUAAAUAUGGAGUAGAUGCUAAUUUUACAGUCAUGUAGCUUGAGAGACUCGCCAAUAUGGCGAUGACUCCGAAUGAUUGGCAAAAUACAGUAAAAGCUGCUCUUCCUAAUAUGGGACAAUACAUGGAAUGGAAAGCCUUAUGGCAUGAUGCUUCUCAAAUAUAGGCAAGGGCCAACGCCAAUGCAGAAGAUAAUCAACGGCAGUGGACUUUUGAUUUGUUAACAGGGCAAGGACAGUUUGUCAAUAAUCAGACAAACUACGAUUGGGGAGCAUAUGACCAGAUCUCCGCUGCUGCUAUUAAAGCAUGGAAAGCCCUCUCAAAAAAGGGCGAGGCCGGGGGACAUCUAACAAAAAUAAUACAAGGCUCCCAGAAAUCAUUCUCAGACUUUGUGGCUAGGAUGACAGAAGCAGCAGGCAGGAUAUUUGGAGACCCGGAACGAGUUAAACCAAUGAUAGAACAACUGGUGUAUAAAAAUGCCUCACCAGAAUGUAAGGCAGUCAUUACCCCUAAAAGAAGUAAAGGGCUGACAGACUGGAUAAAGAUUUGCCGAGGACUUGGAGGCCCGCUUACUAAUGCCGGCCUUGCAGCAGCUAUCUUACAAAGCAAAAACCGCCCGAGUCCUGGCGGCCGUAAAGUUUGUUAUAACUGUGGCAAACCGGGUCAUUUAAAACGAGAAUGCCGUGCUCUUGCACAAAAGAAAACUCCAGGGCUCUGUACCAAGUGUAGAAAGGGUUAUCACUGGGCCAAUGAGUGUCGCUCAGUUAGAGAUAUUCAGGGAAAGCUUAUUCAACAUGACACCCCUUCAGAGAAAAGGGAUGAAAGUAUUCCAAAAAACGGGUUUCAGGGCCCCAGGUCUCAGGGCCCCAAAAGAUAUGGGACACAAGUAGGCAACAGGAAGACACCUCUAGCCGCAGAGCUACAAGAGGCUCCACAGGAUUGGACCUCCGUUCCACCGCCCAAUUCUUACUAA